ACUCAUGAAAUUUAUUGAUAGUUGAACCUAUGCUGUUUGAAUUUUUUCUCUUUCUGCUGGGGCCAUAAGUAAACAGAGAAAAACUCACAAUGUUAGUUUCCAUUAAUGCAGGUCGCCGAUAUUCGGUUUUUUCACGUUACCCGAUGCCAACUGCUGAUGUAGACAAUUUGAUGGACUUCUUUGGACACUUACAACGUAAGCAGACCUCUGGCUCUAAGCUCAGUCUGAAUUCGGGUUGAAUGAUGGUGACACAAGUGGUCCUCUGUUUGGGAGUUCUCUUAGUUGGCCUGGCCUUAGCCUCAGAAGCCUGGCUGCUAUCGCAAUCCGACCUAAACGAGUCCAGUUAUUACGUGCGCCACCUGUCGAUGCACUUUUCGCGCGUUUUUCUCAGUGUCAAUGUGGAAAGCAAUGAAUUUGCCACUCUGAUCGAAGCGCAGUGGCCGGUUUCGUACUUUCCCAUGCCCACGGUGGUGUUUCCCAAUGCCGAUGUUCAUGCCAACGGAGACCAUGAUGACUGCUCGCUCCUGCAACAGGCCCACUGGUCGCAGGUGGAUGCACUGAGUCGACUGUGGGUCAUGGACAUUGGGGUCCCGGGCAGCAGGUGCCCGCCCCGUCUGUUUGUCUUCGAUUUGAUACGCAACAAUGCGGAACUGUUGCGCAUCGAUUGUGGUCAGCAUAUAGGCGCCAACGACACCCAAUCUCUGGUGGUGCAAAUGGGUCCCAAGGGUCCGGGUUGCGAACAGGAGCGACACAUUUACUUCAUCGUGGGUAUGGUGCCGGAAAUUCUCGCCUACGACGUCCUGGAACAGACAUGGCAACGUCGCCCAUUGCAAAGUCACAAGUUCGAGCACAUGAACCAAUCGUUUCCCAUCAAACCGGUGGACUUCACAUUCGGUCUUCAGGGCGAACUCAUCCUCUGCGAUCAGGAUGGCGACCUCUACAGCACCGUGGAUAGACUGGAAAUGGAAGGCAAACAUGAGUUACUCUCCACUUCUAUAGAAAACAGCAUAAAACUCACCCAUUUGGGCAGUCUCCUCGGCAGCAGUCGCAGCAUGAUCAUCGAUAAUUUUGGAACCUUGUACUAUGUGAUCCCCAAGUUCGGAGCCGUUGUGAGAUGUGCCAAACUGGCCAACAUAACGGCCGAGGGCAAUGAAAUCAUAUAUCUCACCUCGAAGAACAUCCAGCAGAUAUUCUUCACCUCCAACGAUGCCUUGUGGGUGCUUAGUGAUCGGGUUCUAAACGCCCAGGACAUGUGCUUUCCUAGCUUAUAGUAACAAAUACAAGUAAUAUA